CCGGGUUCAAAAGCAAAAGAUCCCUGUCAUGUGGAUGAUCUAGAAGCUCCUGUGAGAGGUGGUCGUCGUCGGUUCCUUCGCUCAUUUACUUCGCAGUGGACUUAAAACAAUGUGCUGGACUUAAACCCAUUUGUGACUGGACAUUAGAUUUCUGUUGACCAUCAAUAGUGUUUGUGUUUAUCUGUACUAUUUUUGGGCUGUUUAUUAUUGCAAGAAGCUUCUAAUUACAAUGUUGUGGACGCAAGCUCUCAUUGCUUUCGUGGCAGUUGCAAGUAUCGUGUUGGGUGCGGAAGAAAUCAAAGAGAAAAUCGACACUGCUGACUCUUCUCCUCCUACGGAAGGAAAAGACGAAUCAAAAGUGCUCCAAGAAAGAGGAGAUAUACAGCAAACAUAUAAACCCAACCCUCAAAAGAAAAGCGGGGGUGCUCAAGAAUCUGUAGGAAUACCCGUUAAUGCGCAUCCACCUAUCAAUCAUCUCCUCAUUCCACCACCAGGAUUAAAAAGAAAUCCAGGUCCACCUCCAGGUCUUCAAAGACAUAAAGAACUUCCCAACCAGCCGAUUUACAAAACAUCUAAUCAGAUUCUUCUGCAGUCGUAUGAAGUAGCCCCAAAUAAUCAUCCCGAUUCUGGUUCAUAUCCAGCCGGAGGACAUCAAGAAUUCCAUCAAGAUGGCAGGCAGUAUCAGGGAGGUUCUCAUCAUGAAUACACAGGUGGGCACAAUUCCAUACCCUACCAAGAAGGUGGAAAUCAAAUAGACAUUCAAGGAUAUCAUAAUCCCGAGGAGGAAUACAAGCCAGAGGAUCAAAACGGCCUGUUUCAGGGUUUCCCAAGUUUACCCCACAGUGAACCUUGGCCAUUACCCAUGCCAGAUAUGCCAAAGAUAAUUCACUUGGAUGUAAAGUGUGAAAAGAAUUUAAUGAAAGUGUCAAUAGAAUUUGAUAAGCCUUUCCAUGGAAUUGUAUUCAGUAAAGGCCAUUACAGCCAUGGUAAUUGUGUACAUUUACCACCAGGAUCGGGACAUACUAGUGUUUAUUUCGAUGUAUCCAUCAACAGCUGUGGAACACAUGGAAAUGCUCCUAAUGGUCAAUACAACAGUUAUGGAGGCCAAAAUGUUGCUGGAAGCUACUUCGAAAAUACAAUAGUUGUACAGUACGAUCCUCAGGUUCAAGAAGUAUGGGAUCAAGCUAGACGCUUAAGGUGCACUUGGCAUGAUCAGUACGAAAAAGCUGUCACUUUCAGACCAUUCCCUGUUGACAUGCUAAAUGUGGUCCGAGCUGACUUUGCUGGAGAUAAUGUAGGCUGUUGGAUGCAGAUACAAGUUGGUAAAGGUCCAUGGGCAAGUGAAGUGAGUGGAAUUGUCAAAAUCGGUCAAACGAUGACCAUGGUACUUGCCAUUAAAGAUGAAGAAAAUAAGUUUGACAUGAUGGUUCGAAACUGCAUAGCUCAUGACGGAAAACGAGCUCCUAUUGAACUUGUUGACAGCCAAGGAUGUAUUGUGCGCCCUAAGCUCAUGAGCAGAUUUACCAAAGUAAAGAACUUUGGUUCAAGUGCCUCAGUUUUAGCCUUUGCACAUUUCCAAGCUUUUAAGUUUCCUGAUUCAAUGGAUGUUCACUUCCAGUGUACUAUCCAAAUCUGUCGACCACAUUGUCCAGAACAAUGUGCAGCAGCCAAUCCUGGCAUCGGCCAUCAAAUAGCUCCUAAUCAUGAUAUAUAUGCAUCAGGUUCGUCUGCGCACGGAUCGGUGGUAAGACCUCGGGAAGAAAGAGAUGUUUCACAGAAAACUCAAUCGGAGCCGAUUGUUGAAGAAAUGACAGAAAUUGGUCUAAACAGAGUCAUUCGUGUUGUGUCCACUGGAGAUCUGGCUUUCGCUGAGCCCCCAACACAGCAGCAAAGUGUACCAGAUUUCGAAAGUCACGAGUCGGAUGAUAUGAUCUGUAUGUCUACCCCUGGUUUUGCUGCUUCUUUAAUCGUUUUGUUGUCUAUUUUAGUAGUGUCUUGCCUCGUAGCUGCUUUCCUGUGCCUCAGACAAAAAUCGCCAAGAGAUAUCAUAACAUCCAUUUCUGGGACAAUUAUCAAAAAGAAAUAAGCCUUUACAAAAUGAAAAAAUUUCAUUUCGUGUUAAAAGAGCUUAUAUUUCAUGGAGGGUGUCCAGUAGAACUAUAAGAAGUCUGAAUGAGAAAUAAGCAAACUGAUGAUACAUUCUAUUCUUUAAAAUCACAUUUACAAGAUUAUUUUUCGUUUAGAUUGUUUAUUCCUUUUAGAAUGUUUUGUAUUAUUUAAUUUUGUUUUUAUUUAUGAUUCAUGGAAAACUAAUAUUCGAGUUAAACAAGAGGAAUGCAAACGUAAUUUAUGAAUAAUUUAAAUUGCAUGCAACUUAUUAAAGAAUUAUACCAUGAGGCAAAAUAUAUAAUUAUGAGACAGACUGUGAAACAAUUUCUUAGUUUCUUUCCCUAAUUUCUUUCAUUUGCAGUCUUUUUUCAAUGACAGAAAAAAAAGUCAAACUUAGAUUUUUUAGAAGAAAUAAGGUAAAUAAUAGUUUUUUACAAGCU